AUGGGUAUAAAAGCACAUGUACUGACAGGGUUUCAGCUUUUCAAGAUUCUGAGGUUCACAGGGUCUCUUGACUCUCACCUUGAGAUGCAGCGUUUCAAGAUGGUUUCCUUAGCUGUGGCAUUCUUUACUCUGUUAUCAUACCCAGUGGGAUCGAUGGAGAAUGCCACUUCUGCUGAGGUUAACAUUUGGAGACUUGAGGAUCAACCAUUGAUGACGCAACUUGCUGCUGUCUAUAAGUAUAUUGAAGACUUGAAAUGUGAACAAACAACAAUUAUGCAACAGCUACAAGUCUUGAGUCAGAUGCAGAAAACACAUAAGAAUGAUACUACGAGAGAAAUAGGCAGCACUUCUCUCAUUUACCCCCCAAAUCAUGACAUCGAGGACAUCUCGCUGCCAUCAGAAGACGACCGCUCGCGACCCAUCGAUCCCUGCUUUCACUACACCGUCCUGGACCAGGCCUGGAGGGCCACCAACACCAGCACCAAGUACAAGAUGUGUGACCGCAACGUCAAGUGGCGUGGCUGGUACCGCCUCUACUAUAAGGGCCAGAGCCUCCAAAUGCCAGAGCGGUGUGUGCCUCAAGAAAAGUGCGGCACGCACGCCCCCCUGUGGCUGGCCGGCCCGCACCCGAGAAGGAAGAACGGGAUCGUCACCCGCAAUGUCUGUGGCCACUGGAACAAGAAGUGCUGCGCUUUCAAGUCCACGCCCAUUAAGGUGAAGAAGUGCCGGGGGAAUUAUUACGUCUACCAGUUCACCAAACCAUCCGCGUGCCAUCUGGCGUAUUGUGCAGAUAUCAACACCAUUGUGUGUGGAAAGUGCAGGAAAAAUCAGACCUGCGUGAGCCGAGACAAGAUCAACUGGAGGUGUAAGAAGAAGCCAAAACCUCGGAGAAGAAAUAUCCACUUCUUCGCCUCCUAUCCCAGCCGCAUCUCAGGGAAAAUGAACUGUAUCAAGUACAAGACUGUCCUUGUGAAUGUCGGACGAGCCUUCAACAAGAAGACUGGGGUGUUCCGAGCUCCUGUCAAUGGAGUCUACCAUUUCUUCUUCUCUACACAGAGUGGGAGCAAUGGUCUUAAGACAGACCUGUGGUUGGUGGUCAAUGGUUACUGGGUGUCUCUCUCUCACACCUACUUGAAGAGUCCUGCCAGUGUAGGUAACCUGUCUAACUAUAUGACCUUUCUACGCAGAGGGGCCCUAGUUUACAUCAUGCAUAACCGCGGUAGCUCCUGGGCCACUUCAGCAUCCAAUACCAUCACAUUUGGAGGCUCACUGCUGUAUCAAGGAAAGUCGUAGACUAAAGCGUAAAGCUCAGAGUUAGGCUACUAUAUUCAUUCACAGGUCACGUUUUGUAUUUCCAAAUUGACAGGAUCACCUAAUGCCUCUUAUUUAAUUUGUGUGUAUAUUUGGGAACAGAUGGUACUUAUACGUGCCUUAAGAUGCUUUUUGACCUUUAAGUACAGGACAGUUUUAUGCACAGCUGUUGAUAUGGAUGAUCAGUGCUCCGUUGCUCCACUCUCAGCCACUGAACUCAGUAGCUCCUGAUAAGAGAUUGUUGGCCUCUCCGUGGCUUUUCUCCUAAGUCUCUUUGUUUGAGCACUGAGUUUUGAGGGACAGCCUUAUUAUUGGUUGUGAUUGGCUUGUGACACAGCUUCCACUUCCUGAUUAUUCAUUAAACUGUGCUCACUGGGAAAUCCAGGAAUAUCACUUUCUAUCCUGUUCUGGGCAUUUGUAUGGACCCUGUCUUUUUAUUUUAAGGUAAACUUACUGACCUUAGCACUUGAAUAUGACUUAAUGUCACUAAUAUGUAGAUUCAUUUUGCAUAGUGGUUACAUCGCUUCUAAUUUGUGUCAUGUGAUUCACAAUAUCCUACGCAGGAAACACUUUCGACAGCAACAUCAAAAUCAAGCACUUGUGUAGUGUAGUUGAUGAAAUAUAUAGUGUGUAAGUUGGACAGUAGGGGGCAGGCAGGGGGAGCGAGUCACGCAUGUGAGAUGUAAGACGAUGAGAGUUGACAAUACUUGCAUCAAAAUAUACAUCUCGUCAUCUCAUGAAAGGUUAUUCCAAUCAGUAAUAAAUACCCAAUAAAUACAAACUAACUAUAUACCCCAAUAUGGUUCACCUUUUAUGGCUGUGCCAUUUGUUGAUACUGUAUAUAGAAUAAAAGUCCAGUAGAUGUUCUUUUUCCCAUUAAUUAUUUCACUAAAGAUCACCAAUGCAGAAACAAUGACACACAAAAGCCAGAAUAUUCAGAUUUUUUUAAUUGUAUCAUUAAUUUUGCCUAUACAUAUUCAUUGGUGCCGCAUAAAAAGACAAAAAUAACACACCAAACUCACUCCACUGCAGCUCUCCUUUUAUUCCACUUUGAGCUACUCCACCACCACAAGAUCGGUACGCAGAAACCUCUGGGGGGGGGGGGUUCUGGGCUGGUUGCUGGGGCUACCUCUGGGAUCGCAUCACCAUUGUCUUAUGCUGGAUCAAGACAAUGGCGCAAGGUACAACUCUGAGACAAGUUCCUUACCUCCGAGGAAUUCCUCCGUCAUCCAGCUCUGCCUAGUUCUGUGGUGGAUUAUAUAGUUGGUAUGCAGGACCUGAAGCGCAGAAAGGUUGUAAGUAUACAUUCCUUUAUUGGUUUCCAUGAAAUAAAAAUAAAAAAGGCGCAACCAAGAACUGAAAUGCACAAACAAUAAUCCACAAAUUAUGUAGGAAACCCCAAAUCAAAUAGGAUCGCCAGUUAGAGACAAUGCAGGGCAGUUAGAGACUAAUUGGGGACAACAACAAAAAACUUAACAGAGAUGCGGAGAGUGGCAUCCCUGCAGUCAGGCCCUGACAUACACAUUUAAACCCUUUCUUCCCUUUCCAUGGCUUGGACCAUUUUUGCAAACAGCAACUCAAUGGUGACCUCUUUCAUGCAUGAAACCAUUGUGCAAAGAAGUUAUGUGCAGAACAGGUAAAGGCAGUAGUUUGUAUCAGUUGUGACCAAAUGUGAAUUUUGUUUGACAUCAAUGUCAAACAAAUGUGUUUUGAAAGCAAGGAGAAAUUAUACAUUUUUUGCAACAAAAAAAAAUGCCAUAAAGGAGAUCAUUCUCCUUGAGAAAAACAGUAUGAUUGCAGCUGGCAACACUUCCAACAUGUAUGAAAAUCAUUAAUUUAGCAAAAUAAAUAUGUUGCUUUUAUAGUAUGGUGAACGUUAGCUUUCAUUAAAAAAAAGAUAUAUUAUUUCCACAAUUGACUAAUCAGGCCUUUUGCAUUUCAAUACGAUUAUUAUAGUACAGUAGCAUGUUCUAAACGAGUACAUCUCUCGAACACCAGAUGGCACACUAGGGUAUAUUAUAGAAGUCGGUUAGGUAGGUUACUACUACAACAGUAUCAGUGAUUGAAUUAACUUAAGAAAAAGUGUUGCAAUCUUUCCACUUGGGAUGUGGUACAUGCCUUAGUACGUAAGAAUGUUUUAUCAUAAUAUAAUGACAGGUAGGUAGUCCACCGCGGUUCACAUAUGGUCAGUCAGUUGUCCA